UGCCGCCAUCUUACAACCUCUAAGCGACCCUCGCCCGAAAUACCGUAAAAGCAUUGGGUUUGUCUGAGAAAUAACGCCCUACAUAAGCUAAACUACCAAAAUGUCGAAGGCUCAGGUAGAGCUCGCAAAAGUAGCGGAACAGGCAGAGCGUUAUGAUGAUAUGGCUGCUGCCAUGAAAACUGUCGUUAAAGAAAAUGCGAAAACUGGCGUAAACCUAACCAAUGAUGAACGAAACUUGCUGUCUGUCGCUUACAAAAAUGUUGUUGGGGCAAGGCGAUCAUCUUGGCGUGUUAUCUCGAGUAUUGAAACGAAAGCGGAUGUUGUGGAAAAUGAAAGGAAGAAGCAGAUGACUAAAUUAUACAAGGAGAAGGUUGAAGAUGAGUUGAAAAAAAUCUGCGGAGAAGUUUUGGAAUUGCUGGACAAGGAUUUAAUACCAAAUGUCAAUUCUGAUGAAGCAGUUGAAAGUAGAGUGUUUUAUUUGAAGAUGCAGGGAGAUUACUAUCGUUACCUAGCUGAAGUGGCUUCUGGGGAUGAAAGAUCUUCCAUUGUAGAGCAAUCAAAAAUAGCAUAUGUAUCGGCUUCAGAAGCGAGCAGUAAAAUGGAUUCAACGCAUCCUAUUCGACUUGGCCUCGCUCUAAACUUUUCCGUCUUCUACUAUGAAAUUUUGAAUGACCCAGAAGAGGCUUGUAAACUAGCUAAAAAGGCUUUUGACACGGCAAUAUCAGAACUAGAUUUGGUCCAGGGAGAUGGAUUCAAGGAUAGUACACUUAUCAUGCAACUGUUGCGAGAUAACUUAACAUUGUGGACAAGCGACAAUUUAGAAGGCGGCGAGGGAGAUGAUGGCGAUGCUGGUAAUUAAUAGAAUUUCUCUACAUUCACAUUCUUGGCAAGCUGUAUGUAUACAGGAGAGACCCAGUUAAGGACGGGCACAUGUAGUAUCGCAACUGCAGGGCGCAAAUGCUAGAUGUACAUCCUGUUCCGACAAUUUUCGCUUUGGUGUUGUCUCCGGUUGGGUGACACAGAGCCAAAAUUUGAUUUGCUCCGUUGUGUUUUUUCUCACUGGGGAUCGUGUAAGUAAAUAUGCGACUUUUGAACGUCUUGUUACAUGUCUUUUUUCUACAAAUUGCUUCGAUAUUAAAGAUAGUGAUUAAUGCGGGAGUAAGAUUUUUGAGACAAGUCGUAUUUGGAAGGAAUGAGAGUAAAGCAUUACAGAAUCCUCUUGAAAUUUGUAGUAUAAUUGAAAGAUAAUUUGAUUCUGAUGGUGGUGGUGGUUAAUGACAGCCAUUCAGUUAAGACAGACCACCUUGUGUCUCGGAGUAUUCCCCCCGCGUGAUGUCUGCGCAUACAUAUUUAUAGCUACAUAUCUAUACUUAUUACAAAAUCAUACAUAUCUACUGGCUGUUAUUCAAUUAACGAUGUAACCCAGGUAAUUGGAAUGUCAUUUGUUGACCCUAUCCAAAAUAAUUACUUAACAGUUAUGAAUUAUUAAUUGUAUAACACUGCAACUUUUCAGUUUGGCUGUUUACAAAUGGUACGCUCUGACAUCUUCUUCCAAGCAUGGCAUUUUAAUUUUUGAAUCUUUCUAAGCAUCAUUUAAUUUUGACUUAGCUGUUAGGUUUUGAUGUGAUGUGUACAAACACUUUGUUGUAAUAUGUCUAUUGAUGUUAAAGAUUAAGUAGAACAACUGAAAUUAAACUUUAUAAUAAUUUGGAAGCGGUUUUUUGAAAAACAGAUUUUAAGUUAAAAGGGAGAUAAUUAUGCAAGUUAAAUUUUACUCUUGAAACUUUUCUUUUUUCAUAUGGUUCAAAACUUCAUUACGUUUGCGAACUUAGUGGUAGUUAAAUAGAAUGUGUAACACUGGGCAAAUCUUUAUGCUUUUAGUUUUGAAAAUGUAUGCAUAUCUGCUAGGAGAUAUCUUGUGAAUGGUCUUCACUGUUUAUUGAAUGUGUUUAAGUGCUUGUAUAGGAUACUGGUACUGGCAAUGAUAUCAGAUAUUGCAUCUGAUCUUUACAUGGGAGAUUGAUUAAUAUAGGAAAUUCCAUUUCGAUAUCCUUAUUCUAACUUCAAUACAGUACACUACUUCAUUGUGCAUUAAAUGCAAUUGGAAGAAGGGUUUUUAUUUUCCUGAAUGAGGUGUUAAAAAUUACUAAACAUUUCAUAGGCAAUUAUAAACAAUAUACUUAUUUUAUUGGUAGCUUCUAGAUUCUGAUAAUAUGCUGAUCGUUAAGAGAAAGAAAACAAACGUUGAUAUUUUAAUGAGGUAGAAAGAACAUGCAGUUAUAUAUACUAUGAUUAGGUUCGCAAGUUAGGAAAUCGAAUGAUUUAAAACAAAAUGAAAUACAUUUUUACAUGGUAUAAGGCUAGUGGCAGUUAUAACCAUUUGUAGAUGGUCGAUUUACUUGUCUAUUUAACAAUACAAAUUCUAGUUGUAAUAAUAGUCAUAGAUCUUGUUAAUAAUUUCAGUUUUUUUUUGUAUGGAUGUUUUGCACAAGGCAAUUCAACUAGAUUCUGCCAUGUCACUUAAGGACGCAUCUUUAGUUUUAUUUCUGUUCUUGAUAGCGGAUCAAGAUUCCUGUUGUAAUUUAAUUAUGCUAAUUAAAAAAAGGCAUAGCACA